AUGUAUGGCAGUGAUGUAGAUAUCAAUGUGGAGUAUGUGAAGACUGAUUGGCCGAUUACGAUAUAUAAGACAAAUGGCCAAAUCGAGGGUGAGUGCAAGAAGGUGGCGUUGCCGACUUUAGUCACGUCGAUUGGAAAAUCUCUAUUAGUUGGACAACCACUACCUGUCAGCCAUAAGAGGAAGAUGAAAACCGCAAUUGAGAUUUUACUUCCUGCAUCAUGCACAUGUAAGUCCAAACCGCGUCCAUGUGUUUUCAUUUCUGGCAUUGGUAGUCUUGUGGAGAAAGAGAAGAAUCAAGACUCGUUUAGUUACUGGGGGAAAAUUACUGGCCAUACGCCAUGCUGUUCGUCGACAAAGUACGCAGUGCUUAACACAACAAAAGUGUUUUGGACCGACGCUCAAUUGCAACAAAAAGUGUGUGAUCAUAUUCUCAUAGAGAGCGCUACGAGCGAAGGAUCAAUAAUCUCAGAUACGAUUAUCUUUUCGUACUCUAUGGGUGGACUCUUGUUAGCAGGAGCGAUCGCAAAUGGAAGGUGCAGUUUGAACAAAAGUUCGACGUGGGUCAGCACAGGAACCCCAAUUUAUGGCACAAUGGGCUCAGAUUAUCUUCAAGAUGUCUGCGUUAAUAAAACUACCUUAGUCGUCGAAAAACUCGCCAAUUUUGCAGAACUUUGUCCUCCAAAGGAAGGCAUUAAAUCUAUGGCAUAUGUCAACGGAACAUACAGUAACAAUAAGCUUAAAAUGGCCUACAAGGCAGCCCAAAAGGCAUAUGUCGACAAUGUAUAUGCCCUGAUGUGUAGCCACAGCUUUUCCGGAGUACUUUCGAGGUAUCAAGCCGCCUUUUGGGUGUUGGGCAGAAUAAUACCGCACAAGUCUCGUGAAAGCGACGGAGCCGUCGAGUUUUCGAGCUGCGCUGGGGGCUUUCCCGCAUCCAACUUCGGUAACGACUUCCGUGACCGCUUCUACUCGUCAAGGCUUAAUCACUACGACCUGGCUUUUAGAGCAGGCGAUGCACUUCUUGAUAGAACGAAGAUGCCCAUGAAGUGGUUCGAGUGUUUACUCUAG